AUGUACGAAACACUGAACGAAGCCCAACGUUUAGCAGUGGAUAAGAUACUUGGAGCGUAUUAUAGACGAUCAGCAACGACUGGGUCAUGUUUCUUUAUAGAUGGAUCUGGUGGUACAGGAAAAAUUUAUCUCUACAAUACUCUGUGCCAUUUAUUCAAAGGAAAAUGUGUCAGUGUUUUAACAGUUGCAUGGACCGGGAUUGCUGCGAAUUUAUUGACUGAAGGGAGAACGGUUAAUAGUCGUUUUAAACUUCCAGUGUCACUCUUGGAGACGUCUACAUCCAAUAUUCGACCAAACACCAAGGAAGCCGACACAAUUGGAAAGGCUGACGUCGUCAUUUGGGACGAAACACUGAUGACCCCAUCCUAUGCACUUAAAGCUGUUGAUAUUUUACUUAGAGAUAUAAUGAAUAUAAAUAUACCUUUCGGUGGAAAAGUUGGGGUACUUGGGGUAGAUUUUCGCCAAGUUCUUUCGGUUGUCCGAUUCGCUAACCGGUCACAACUGGUUUUUACAAGUCUUAAAAGCUCGGAACUCUGGCCUUACUUCAAAACCAUCCACCUAAGCAAGAACAUGAGAACAGGACUAAGCGAGGAGGAAUUCUUGGAAUGGCUUAUUAAGCUUGACAACGGUGGACUACCAGCAACCGAAAAAUGA